AUGGAGAUACUGCCGCAGGAGGUCCUGGACGCCAUCAUGUCCUGCUUGCACGACGACAAGCCCGCGCGUGUUGCCCUAGCCACAGUAUCUCGACGAUGGCAGAGUACCAUUGAAAAGUCGGCAUUCCGCAAAAUCAAGCUCGAAACCACAGACUUCCAUGAAUUCAGGCAGAUCAUCCACAACAAUCAGCGCCGCCGCCGGUAUCUCCACGUGUUACGGCUCAACAUUGUUCUUCCACCAUAUUCGGACGACGAGCGGCGUCUUUUCGAGGACGAGACUGACCGCCGAGCCAACAACGCCGCCUUCAGCGCGGUGAUCCACGACCUCUUCGGCAUGCUGCAGCACUGGCAAGUAGCCACAGACGCCGACCCCAACCCCCAUUUCCUGACACUGGAACUGGCCGACAUGUACUCCACCUCCGACCACCCGUUCCUUCAUCACUGGUCAGAAGCAAGAAUAAUCGGACUGCGUGAUAAAGUGCUCAGAGCCGCUGACGGCAAGCUGCCCCCAGACGCGGCGGAACGGCCACGCCACUACUUCCACCGCGGCCGGCGCCCGGACCCGAUCGUGGACUUGUACAAGUGUCGCCACCGAUACUCGUAUGUGGAGCUGCUCGACGCGGAAAAGCUUCCGUCAGUGCCCAUCAUCGGGACCUUCGGCAAAAGCAUGUUCUCGCGCAACCUUGGCGACCACGUCAUGCUGCGCAUGGCGGCCAGGAUGCCAAACUUGGUCACGGUGAGCUGGCGGCUCAACAUGUGGAACAUAAAGUAUCUUAGCAUUUGGCGCCAGCAGCGGGCGUUGUUUACCAGGGCUGUGGAGGAGGUCGUCCCCGGGCUGGAGAAGCUGGAACGGCUGCUCCUGUGGAUGGGCGACCCGCUUCCGUGGGCGGCGAACUUUGCAUGGGGCAGUCUGAACCCGAUUUCCACGGACGAUGACCACGACGAAGACUGUGAGCCGACGACAGCAGUCGAGUACGACCUCCUCAGCAGUGCGCUGCGCCGCACACUGUCAAGGCUGCCAGCACUCAAGUCCGUUGAUCUUGGCGGCAUGUUUGACGCUUCACUGUUCCUGCCUCCGCGCCUGUGGCGAGGCGGACAACUGCAGAGACACGGCGGCGACGGUGACUUGCUCGGCGGGAUGGAAGCGUCCAGGAGCAUACCAGGGGACUCGGUAAGAUGCUGGCCGUCGUUGGAGAUAUUCGGCGUGCGGUUCGAAGCCCGCAAACCUGCCGGGGGCUUGUACUUCGUCACGGGCACGAACAGCGACGACGAGAGUACGCGGCGGCGGCUAGUAGAGGCCGGGUGGGCGCUGAGCACAGAAGACGAGGAGCCUCCGGGAUACCACCAGGAAAUUGCCAACCGCCCUCCACAGGUUGCUGAUUUCGGGGAUGACAGCCGCCAAAACCAUUCACCCAAGGCCAUCCGAGACGCCGAGACCGCCGCGUUUACUACCCGCGGGCAAGACUACGUCGAUCCUAGCCACGAUGCCGGCCCCGUGCUGGCCGACCAGGACGGCUCUCUGACUCUCUGUCUGGCAGCGUUCGCGAGGGCUUGCGCCUCCUCCAUGCCCAAGCUCCAGCAGGCCGAUCUGUACUCCUGUAUCCCCGGUUCUGCAACGUCCGAGGACGGCACGAAGACCUUGCAUGCCCGGCGCGCUUGGGGGGUCCAGUGGUUACAAGCCGGCAGGCGAUCUCAGCGCAGGCACGAAGGCUGGUACCGGGAUCCUGAUCUUGCCGAGGAUGUUGGUAGAAGGCGACUGCUGUGGGAUACCCAGGACUGGCGUCCUACGGACGAGCUGCGCAGACUGUUCGCUGAGAUUGGAGACAGCAAGUACAGUGACAGGCUUCUGGAGAAGUGCGUGAGCACGGAAGGAGCCAAUGCUUACGAGCGGCUGUCGAAGAGGGAAACAUAG